UCAAUCUCGUGCACUGUCCUCUCUCUCUCUCUUUUCUCUCGCGCACUCUCUCUCUCUCUCUUCAUGCUGUCUAUCUCCUGCUACCUGUACCCCUCAGCUUGGAGUCUCUCAGUUCCAGUGGCUCAGUCACAGCGCACAGUGCACGGAGCCCAAGUGUCCAACACCGAACCCGGCCGUAUUCAGUCCUCCGCGAGGCAGCGAGAAGCCCAGCCCUGGAUUCAAUACUUUUAAUCAAUGGACAGAGCCCUCUCAACGGCCAACCGAGGUACCGACACGCCAUAAGCAGUCCUUAUCCUCUGGCUGGUGUUCCCUCUGUAGUGUGGAGGGGGAUGGAGCGUGGCGGAGGAGAGAGCCCUCGUUUGCGGGAGAGCCCCGAGCGACGUGGGAGCAGCAGUCCUGAUAUCGGCUGCCCCCCACCAAAGAUGGGCCGACUGGAACUCAACGGCAGUCCUACAGGUCCCCGCAGUCGCCACAAUGGGGCCCCACAGAGACCUCUCAGUGGUCUGAUGAUUCCAGUCUUCUGUGUGGUGGAGCAGAUGGAUGGAGGGAUGAUAUCAGAUGGAGAGAGCCGGGAGGAACAUGCCGAGUUUGUGCUGGUCAGGAAGGACAUCCUUUUCACUCAGCUUGUUGAGACUGCACUUCUCGCCCUUGGCUACUCCCAUAGUUCUGCAGCCCAGGCACAUGGCAUUAUUAAGGUGGGCCGCUGGAACCCCCUGCCCAUCCAUUACCUGACAGAUGCUCCAGAGGCAACGGUUGCUGAUAUGUUACUGGACGUUUACCACAUGGUCACGCUACGCAUCCAGCUACAGAGCUUUGCUAAACUGGAGGACCUCCCAUCAGAGCAGUGGAACCACGCUACAGUACGCAACGCCCUCAAAGAACUGCUCAAAGAGAUGAACCAGAGCACCCUGGCCAAAGAAUGUCCACUCUCACAGAGUAUGAUCUCCUCGAUAGUGAAUAGUUCCUACUAUGCUAACGUCUCAACUGCCAAAUGCCAAGAGUUUGGUCGCUGGUACAAGAAGUACAAAAAAAUUAAAGGGGAUUAUUUGUGGCAAGGGCGGGAGAGCUCCGAAAUCAAGGUUGAAAGGGACAGUCUUGCCGACUUCUGUGUAUUAGCCCAGCGUCCGCCCCCUCACCUGGCUGGUCUGGCACAGCUUGGUCCGUUGAACAGUGCCAGCUCUCUUGUGAAAGGUGGCUCUGGAGAACCUCAGAAUUCAGCCCAGUCUCAGCCUCCAUCCCAAGGGCAGCCGCAAGUUUCAUCAUCUCAUGGGCAGCUCCAUCACAGUCCUCCUCUACGAGCCCAGGUGCCUCCUCCACCUCCGCCUGCCGCCUUGCAACCUCUUUUGGCGCCCGGAGGACUUCUCUCACCCCAGCUCAGCCCACAGCUGGUGAGACAGCAGUUAGCCAUGGCCCAUCUUAUCAACCAGCAGCUGGCUGUCAGCCGCCUCCUGCAUCAGCACCCGCAGGCUCUUAACCAGCAGUUUCUCAAUCACCCACCCAUCCCACGGCCUAGCAAGUCCGGUGGCCCUGGAGAGCCCGGGUCCAACCCCUCGGCUGCGGAAGUCUCAUCUGAUAUCUACCAACAGGUGCGAGAUGAGCUGAAAAGAGCCAGUGUCUCGCAAGCAGUGUUCGCUCGAGUUGCCUUCAACCGUACACAGGGCCUGUUGUCGGAGAUCUUGCGAAAAGAGGAAGACCCACGCUCAGCCUCUCAGUCCUUGCUGGUGAACCUCAAAGCGAUGCAGAACUUCCUGAACUUACCUGAGAGCGAGAGGGACCGCAUUUACCAGGAAGAACGAGAACGCAGCAUGAACCCUCCUGUGAGCCUGCCCCCAAGCACAAACCCCAGCCCUGGGGGUGCCCGCCUCUCUCAGAAAGUGUGGGAGCGCAGCAUCGAUGAACAGUUAACUCCUGACGCGUGGGCAUCUAUUUGGAAGAAUAAGACCAAAAUCACAAACUCGUCCAAGACUUCUGGUCCUAAUCCUGACCUUCCCCUGAAACUGGAACCGCUGGUCAACAUCACCUCAGCCAUCUAUGACGAAAUCCAGCAGGAGAUGAAACGGGCAAAAGUGUCUCAGGCACUUUUUGCCAAGGUGGCAGCCAAUAAGAGCCAAGGAUGGCUAUGCGAGCUGCUUCGCUGGAAAGAGAGUCCCAGCCCAGAGAACAGGACUCUCUGGGAGAACCUGUGUACUAUCCGGAGGUUUUUGAGCCUUCCGCAGACGGACAGGGAUCUGGUAUACGAGGAAGAGUCCCGCCAUCACCACAGUGAACGGCUGCACACUGUACUACACUUGCCCACUGACCCUCAGGCACUUCACAGACAGCCUAUGCAGCCGCUAAAGGACCACUCUCCGAUCCGAGAGGAACCUGUUCCCAGUUCUGGAGCAGAAGAAAACCCUCAAGCUAACGCAGGUUCAGGCAACAGCGGAGGGGUUAGCAACGUCACCAAGAAACCUCGCUCCCGCACCAAGAUCUCUCUGGAGGCUCUAGGCAUCUUACAGAGCUUUAUCCAAGAUGUGGGCCUCUACCCUGACCAGGAAGCGAUUCACACCCUUUCAGCCCAAUUGGAUCUGCCCAAACACACCAUCGUUAAGUUUUUCCAGAACCAGCGCUAUCAUGUGAAGCAUCAUGGCCGGCUGAAGGAGCUCGGAUCUGAGGGCGGCGGUGUAGACGUGUCCGAAUACCGCGAUGAGGAGCUGCUCUCCAGUUCAGAGGAUGCAGAGUCCAGUGAAGAUGGACACGAGGAGAUCUACAGCGGGCAUGAGAGUGCGCCAGCCGGAGGAGCCAACUCUGUCUCAACUCCAGCUGUUUCUUCUGGCCAAGAUGAGAAUAAAGACAAAGGCCUGCCUCUAGGGUCAGCCAGACCCAGCUCCCUGCCCCCAUGUGGUUCAUCUUCAAGUCCCCGAGAUCAAGCAGAAUAUCAGAGAUAAAACAGCCUCCGCAAAGACUAUACUGUAGGUGGGGAGAGGCAAGGAGUGAGCACAUACAACUAUUCUGUAGUAGAGGAGAGUGUUGAGAACAGCUUAGAAAUUUCCUGACAAAGACACAGUGUCCUCUGAGGACCUGUAAAAGUCAAAUCAAAACAGAUCUGCAUUUUGGUUGAGGCAUGUAAAGUGUUGGUGUAGAAAAAUGAGUUGUGAGCUACUCCUGGCCUCAUACCUUACUAGUUACUUACAGGGAUGUGAUGGUACAGAAGCAAUCCCUACAAUGUACUGCAAGGAAAGUAUUUGGCUGGCUGGAAAGCUUUCAUUUCCUAGAUGUAAAUCGUCAAAUUAAGGCAGGUUUCAAGAUGGCUGCCUUAACCCCAAGUUGUCACAAGCAUUCAAGCUUGCAUGCUAAGAAUGUCAAGACGGCCAGUCUUUCACCAAGUAUUUCAUUUCUAUUCAGAGAGCGUAGGGUCUCUUAUAAGAUACCACUAUCCAUGCCCCCUCUUCACCUCUACAGGGUUAAAAUGGCAGGGACAGAGCUUUAGAUGAGCCAUGGAUCUCCUAUAGGACACUAACAACUUCACUCCUGCCCAAUCAGGGAGUCUAGUGGGCGGCUGUGGCUGUCCUCAUCUUCCCCUCCAUGAUGGGGCAUUCUGGCGGUCGCCAACGGAGGGCCGUGCUUGACUGCUAAAGCAGUCGGUUGGGUUAGAGGUACAGAUGAGCUCUUGGGUGUACACAUCAGCCCAGCCCAGGAACCCUACUAUAAACAUGUGGUGUGCUGAAAGGUCUACAGUUAGCCCAAUGGCGCUUUUGAAGACCGCGCCAUCCCUCCCACAACCAGCCACAACGAUCAUUCCAAGCAAUCCCACACGGUUCAAGAAAUCACUCCUUUACCCCCACCAUCCAUGCACACCCAACGCAGACUGUGCACAACAUCACUAUCCGUCACUUCUGUCCAGUGGUUGAAGGUUUGCUUUAUACAGAUAUGUUUAGACCGUAGGUUUCAUUCCAGGUUUGCUCUCUCAACACUUAAAAGGCAGAGAGUGUUGAGUUAAACGUAAUUGGCAGGAUGACUGACUGCUAUGGACAGAAGGACAAUGUUGAGGCUGACCUAGUGGAGAAAAGUGAACCAUUUUCAGCAACUGCACUUGUGAGGAAGUGCGGUAGUCCUUCUCUCUUCCGUCACCUCCCACAGCUCUCUUUUACUGACUGUUGCCCACAAUGUCCUGAUUUGACCACACUUAGCCACACCCAUCUCCACAGCACUAUUUAUUGCUAUCUUCACCCUCAAUUAUUAUUGUUGUUAUUGUUAUUAUUGUUAUUAUGGUUGUUCUUGUUGUUAUUUUUAGUUCUAUUUUCAUGGUCUAAUAUCAGCUUUUGGCUUGCAGCAGUUGUUUUGGUAAUGAGAGACAUUGUGAAAGAAAGAAACACUGCCAAAACAGAGAGGAAAGAAUUAGAAGCAGUUACUGAGUGAAUCAUGUGAUAUAUACUGUCAAUUCUAUCAGCAUAAUGUACUUUUCCAAAGAGAACAGCACUUGGCAGAUGAGGCGUUGAAUAUUAAAACAAUAGAAUUAAGAGGAAUCAUUGGAAUUUCUAUGAUCUUUUUGUGCAUAUGAUGACAAUCCUUCUCUUGAGCCAAUCAGAACUCAGCAAGCAUGAACUCUGCAUUCUGAUUGAAACUUUGAUCAGCGUAACUUGAGGCAACAUGGCCACCUGUUGCAAAUCGUCCAUGACACCGUGGCAACACUUGGAUCCAGGGUUCUGAUUUGUUUUUUAAAAAAAAUCAGCUGCUACUUGCUCUUUCACAGAUAAUAGACAAAAUAUUGUUGUUAACCUUAUGCUAACCCUUAAACUAUUUUUGUUUUAAACAAGUGAUAAUUGUGGUCUCUGUCCAUGUUUUGUCUAUUACAAAUGGAAAUGUUUUAUUUAGAAUCUUUAAUGUGCAAAAUGCUGAUGUGAUUCUUGCAAUUACUUUGAGCAUCCUGACUCUUUCACAUAGGCAGUGUCCACACCUGCACAUGCCUACGAGUAAUGCAUUCCAGCAGAACAUUAGUUAAAAAUGGGUAUAAACAUAGUUUUAUCAGAAAGUAUGGCAUCACAAUCACAAGGAUAAACUUCUCAGUCUCAUGUCUGUAGGGUUGUAUUGUAAGUAUAUAACCCUGAGAAAUCGUUCUCCAGUGCGUUGAUCAUUUGCACCUUGUUAUGAUUUCACAUGCUACAUUUUUCACUUAUAUUCAAAUGAAGACCAGAGUAAGGCCUCAAAGACUAGAGCUAGCUAAGACCAGGGAGUGACAAUAAUUCAUAUGAAAGUGUUGGUGGAACAAGAGCCUGGUGUGCUUACCUAGCAACUACUGACACAUUGACAGUCCAAGAGUGUGUUGUGGUUCUCUGCUACUCAUCUCUCCAGAGAGAUCGAAUUCUUCUAGCCAUUUUCUGCCCAAUUCAUUGUCAUCUGCAUUGUCACCUUUUUCACUCUUGCUGUUUGCUUGAGUUUCCCUGGUCUGUAUUUGCCCAAAUCUGAUCUUUAUGGUCAAUCAUAAGUGAUCGUAAUCCCCCCAAAAAUUUUUAAAUUCUUAAAUCAACAACCUUAAAAUGCGAUAUUUCUUCUUGUUCACUGACAACAAUCUACAGUCUCUUAGGUUAUUUCACCCUAAAACCAGUCAUUAAAAACUUUUAAAGUUUGUUACAUUUAAGUGGUCAAAAUGCUUUGUCGUCUUCUGUAUUUUAAAUGGAAAAAAAUGCUGGAUGUUGAAUUUAAUGACAAGAUAAACAAUCUGGGAGAUCUUGGAUACCUGCAGGUUUUGCAAAAGGUCUUUAAUAACACGGUAGUGAUUGCCUGCUUGAUCUACACCUUACUUAAACCUGUCAAUCAUCAGUCACUUUUGGAGGCCCGCACCGCCUCUUUCAUUACACUCCGAGCAUCUUCUCCAAAUCCCGCCACCCUGCUGAGCCUAGAACAGCUGGAGACAAGCACUUCUGAUGAGUCCGUCCAUAUACACCUCCCAAAUUACCCUCAUAAAUGAUGAGAGUGUGUGCACGCAUGUGUCUGUGUGUCCUAGACUGGUGUUUAACCUACCAUGGGGGUAGCUUACCACUCAGCGGGAGCGAACAACCACGCACUUCUUCUACUCCAUCACCUCCUCCUCUCCAUCUUUGUCAGAGUUAGUGCUGAGAGCGACGCUGAAGAGAAAACAAAGAAGAUUCCAAGAGUCCCUGAUGAGCACUAGGUCAAGGUCACUGUCCAAUUAUCCAUGUCUUUCAUUUUCAUUCUGUCUUUUCAGUUCUCUGUGCCAUCUCUCUGUUCCCUCAUUUUCUCGUUCACCAGGCGGGAUAGUAAUCGUUGUCUCCCAUGCUGUGGUGUCGAGGUUAAGUGGAGGUGAUCAUGUCUUGUGGAGAGGGGUAGUUCCUUGAGAGGCAGCAGACUCCUGGAUUGGCAUGUCUGAGAAGUGUUGCGGUUAAGACAAAGGCUUUAAUCAUUUAGUCAAAUCCACUAUAACAUCAGAUUGACUUUCAAAGUUUUGGGUGGAAAAGCUGAAGGCCUCCAAGACCACUUUUUAAUAUUUACACAUUAUUUAGACAAUUAGAUCUGGACAAUGUUUCUAACUUUGACUUCCCUUGUAUUUAUAAUGUAUCACUUAGAUAUGAAAUGUACAGGUACACAAGAAUGUCACAUACAAAAGAGGAAGGAAAUGCAUCAAUCAUUUUCAACACCCCAUGGAUUUCUGAGAAAGGAUGCUCUCGCUCAUCUUGCUAAUGCUUUCGUUUAUCUUACAGUGCCUCUGAACUAAGCACAAUGCUCCAGUACUUUGCUUCGGAGAUGACAAAAUUAGACGAUCUCAUAAUUUUCAUCAUUGUUUUCAUCGUUUUUGUACUCAUAAACGCCUACAAUGUGAAUCAGGAUUGCCACUCCUGAAUUGGUACUUUCCUUGUCAAUCGAAUGCAUUGUCAUUAUCACUAAGUGAUAAUUAACUUAUGUGCAUCAUUUGGCUUCUUUGUUUGUAUGACAAUGUUUUGUUUUUUGAUUUUGUUUUUCAAAUGCUGUUGUUUAAAUAAAGUGCAUUCAAGGAA